GUUCGGCCAGCCUUUUGAGGCGCGCCCGCCGAGGUUCCCAAUCCGCUGAGCUUCCCAAUUCUCUUGUACCAUUCCCAUUGAGGCAUCUCUCUUUCCUCUCUCCCCAAUACGCGCUUGCACAUAGUAUUGGGAACAAUGGGGACCGGAAAGAAGGAGGCGACUCGCCGAGUCCGGCAGGGCAAGGUUGGCGAUGGCAUGUCCAAUGUCAGGGUCAAGGGCGAGAACUUUUACCGCGAUGCAAAAAAGGUGAAGCAGGUCAACAUCCUCAAAGAUGGAAGGCCACAACGCAACGCGGAGGGCAAGAUCACCCAGGCCGCCUCAUACCAGAGCAGAGACGUCCCGACCGCCGUCAUCGAGCCGAACCGGAAAUGGUUCACCAACACCCGCGUCAUCAGCCAGGACACCCUGACUGCCUUCAGGGAGGCCGUGGCGGAGACGGAGAAGGAUCCCUACCAGGUUCUUCUGAAGACCAACAAACUGCCCAUGUCCUUGAUCAGGGAUGGCUCCGAAACCAACGGGCUCAAAAAGCACCAGGCCAAGAUGACCCUGGAGACGUCGCCUUUCGCCACCACGUUCGGGCCCAAGGCGCAAAGGAAGAGGGUGAAGCUCUCUGUCAGCUCCAUCACGGACUUGGCCGGGGACACCGACAAGAGCCUGGACACAUACAAGGGGAGGCAGGAGCAGAUCAAGCUGUUGAGCGGCGCUUCCGGCUCUGCGCAAGACGGCGAGGACGAUCCCGGCGUCUCUAUUGCUAAGGAGGCCGUCUUCACCAAGGGCCAGUCGAAGCGCAUCUGGAACGAGCUCUACCGCACCAUCGACAGCUCCGACGUCAUCAUCCACGUGCUCGACGCCAGAGACCCCCUCGGAACGAGGUGUCGGGCCGUCGAGAAGUACCUGAAGGAAGAGAAGCCGCACGUCAAGCUGAUCCUGGUUCUAAACAAGGUGGACCUACUUCCAACCUCCGUCGUGGCAUCGUGGAUUCGCGUCCUCUCAAAAGAGUACCCAACUGCUGCAUUCAGGAGUUCCAUCACCAACCCCUUUGGCAAGGGCUCGCUACUCGGGCUUCUCAGGCAGUUCUCGGGUCUGCUUUCCAACAGAAAACAAGUCUCGGUUGGGAUCGUCGGCUAUCCCAAUACGGGAAAGAGCAGUCUCAUCAAUGCUCUCCGAGGCAAGAAGGUGACCACAGUGGCACCCAUCCCUGGAGAGACGAAGGUGUGGCAGUACAUCACGCUCACAAAACGGAUGUAUCUCAUCGAUUGUCCGGGUAUUGUCCCACCAAGCAAUGACGCCUCGCCUCAGGACCUUCUUCUGCGAGGCGCGGUGAGGACGGAGAAGGUGGAAAACCCUGAGCAGUACAUACCUGCAGUUCUGGCCAAGACCAAACAACGACACAUGGAGCGGACGUAUGAGCUCCAGGGGUGGAAAGAUCACAUUCAUUUCCUUGAGCUUCUGGCUCGCAAGGGCGGCCGGUUGCUCAAGGCUGGCGAGCCAGACGUUGACGGCGUUGCUCGUAUGGUUUUGAACGACUUCUUGAGGGGUAAGAUCCCGUGGUUCACUCCGCCGCCGCCUCUGGAUGGAGAUGCUGCAGACGGCAUCGAGGGCCGCGAAGGCAGGCUUGGUGAAAUGCCAAGGAAACGGAAGAGAGACGACGCUGAAAGCGUCGCAGACACUUCCAUGGACGCACCCUCUCCUACACCCGGCGGCAAUGAUGAGACCGAGUCGGAAGAUGAGUUUGAGGGCUUCGGUAGUGGUAGCGAGCCUGAUGCGGACUCUGACUCCGAUUCGGAAGUGGAAGCGGCCGAUAAUGCUAUUACGUCUCAAGAUGUCGCUGCUGCUGAGGACAUAAUAAAGCUGGACGUCUCUAGUGACGACGACAGCGGAGACGAGUCGGUGGAGUACGGGGAAGACGGAGAUGCCAGCGAGAAGGAGGGCGAGGAGGAGUCUGAUCCAUCAGAGAUUGACUCGAUAAGUCGGAGACCAUCCCUGUCGUCACGGGGAUCUAAAGCAAGCCGACGACAGAAGUCGAGGUGAUAUAGGCAUAACGGUAGAGAGCGGACCAGCUCUCCUGCGCGGCUUCGUUUGCCCGGCGGCACAAGAUUUCCUGUGCGUCAAUAAGAUCCACGAUCUAGGUGACGUGGACCGCUUCGGUCACGACAUGCGGCCACAGCAGACGACAGUUGUCGCCGCCCCCUACCAGGUGUCCAAACAAUUAUCUGGCUGGGCAUUUGACGAUGCACAAACCCACCCGCGCUUUGUGGAAUCAGCCAGCGUUACAGAUAGUCUAUUAGACUAGAAAUGAUACCCACUUGACAUCUGCACGUAGCAAGUAAUUCCAUGUGACGCUUAGAUCACCUAG